AUGCAUUGCCAUCCUCUCACCUCCUGCCAUGCUUUCGCUCGCCCCCUUUCUCCCAUACAAUCCCCCCCUCCCAGCGUCUUCCUCUUCCUGCUGCGUCUGCUCAAGCUCAUGGACUUCCAGCCGUGCAUCGCCAUCCUCACACGAACCAUGGCGGCAGCCUUCCCCGCCCUCGUGCAUUUCUUCCUGCUCUGGGCCAUCAUGUGCAAUGCAGUAGGUGGGUGGGUAGCCUUCCCCGCCCUCGUGCAUUUCUUCUUGCUCUGGGCCAUCAUGUUCAUCGGCUUCUCUCUCUACGCCUACGUGGUCUUCGGCCGCACGCUAGAGCAGUACAACACAGUGGCCAUGUCGAUGGUAUCCUGCUUCCUCAUUCUCAUCAACGACAACAGCACCGGAUACUAUUUCAUUCAGCUGGACGGGUGGAACCUCAUAGCAGCCAUCAUCUUCUGGGUGGCCUACAUCAGCGUGAUGGUGUUUGUCAUGCUCAACGUGCUCAUCGCCAUCGUGGUGGAUGCGUUCUUGGAAGUCAGGAAAUCCACGGAGGAGUCACCAGCGUUCCUGGUGGACAUGUG